UGUAGGGUUGUAGGUGGUUGUUGGAUCCGCUAUGACUUUUAGACGGCUGAAAAAACUGCAGCACAAGGAAGAAUAUGCCUCUCCCCCGGAUCAAGCCAUAUACAGGGAUCGGGACAAAGCUGACCCCUAUAUCGCCUUGGAGAGUUACAAAACAGCUGACAUGUACAAAGCAUUGGCUGUGUCUGGGGGGACCCUACCCAGAGCUAAGAGGGGUUCUUCAGUGGGAUGGAAGAACACAACUCCGAUGCCUGAGCACCAACGAAAAAUUGUCAUUUUGGAAAAAGAAGACUCGGAAACAUUUGGAUUUGAGAUUCAGACUUAUGGGCUGCACCAUCAAGAAAAGAAUACAGUAGAGAUGUUCACUUUUGUGUGCCGGGUGCAUGAUGGAAGCCCUGCCCAGUUAUGUGGCCUCAAAGUUGGUGAUAUAAUUGCUGGUGUAAAUGGUCUCAAUGUGGAGGGAAUAAGGCACAGAGAUAUUGUGGAGCUGAUAAAAUUGUCUGGGAACUCAAUUAGGCUGGAGACUGUGUAUGGGUCUGCAAUCCGCAAAGCUGAGCUGGAGGCACGUCUGCAGUAUCUGAAGCAAACUUUGUAUGAAAAGUGGGAAGAAUAUCGAUCACUUAUGGUUCAAGAGCAGCGAUUGCUACACGGCAUCGUUGUGAAGGACCCAAGCGUUUAUGACACCCUAGAAUCUGUGAGAUCGUUCAUAUAUGGGACUAUUCCUUACGGCAGUAAAGACCAGCUAACAGGCACCCUGGCUGCUGGCAGCAUAUGUAGCAGUGCAAGCUGCCUCAGUACCGCCGACGACAACGAGGAUGCCGUGUAUCAGACGUGUUACUUCAGCACAGACUCCACAGAUGAAAUAAAUAGCUUAGCAAACAAAAACUGUAAGCCUUACAAAUCACCCCUGACUCGCAGCUCCAGUGUCAAGUGUGGAAGCUCUGGAGCAAACUGGGACAAACCAAAAGAACAGAAUAACUUUGUAUCCCUACCAAGGAAAAAACACAAAAGUUUUCGGAAAAGACUCUUAAAAUUUAUUCCUGGACUUAACAGAUCUUUGGAAGAGGAGGCCAGCCCCCUUUAACGCAUCUUUAUACCAUUUGUUAAGUUAUUUAUUUAUUUCUGUAUUAGAAAAGAAAAAAGGUGAUAUUUGUUUUUUGUUUUGUUACACUUUAUUGUAAAACUUUACAGCUCUGGCAGUUGUUUUCCAUUAAAAUGUUUGGCAAGUGUGUAGUGGCCAAACUCCAGGUUUUUCUAUGAAAAAUGUAACUCUUAUUCCAAUAAUUUAGUGUUCAAAGACUGUCUCACGGAGGUAUAUUCCUGCCAGCAGGAAGCUACUAAACAGUGAGGUGUUCUGUUCUGGUUCAUGUCUCAGUGGGAUCCUGCAUGAUACAUAGCUUUUUAUUAGGCUUCAGUCACUAAAUACACACGCAUUUGUUUUAAGGAACUGCAAUAUAUUGCCAUAUUUUUUCUGUCCAAUUUUGGAACCAUUACCCUGUUCCUAUUAUAUAUAACUCUUAAUUACAUUAAUCAUUUGAAAACCUCUACAAUUUUUUUCUCUCUUUUUUGGUUAAGAUGAUUGAACAUUAUGGUGUAUAUUGUAGAGAAAAUAGUAACUGAACAUUUUGUGUUCUGAGUUUUUGAAGAAACAUAAUUGCUAUAUUUGCAGAUGCUGUGGUCUUCAAUCUCAUUGGCACAGAGUUUUUAAACCGUCCUUCAACACUACCUCAAAGUACUCUAAGCUUUUAAUUGCAAAAGGGCAAGACUAAUGUUCAUUAAUGAUGGGAAGGAUAAUGGCCUCUUUAAAAUCUGUAAAUGCAGUCUACAAAUAAUAAAAUGUUAAGAGGAUGUCACAUAUGGUGCAUUUAUAUAAUAUACAGUGUAUGUAUACAUAUACGUGUAUAUACACACUAACCAACAGACACAUAAUAACCGUUUCUCAGGGAACUACAUUGUUUAUGUAAGCAGUAUCUAAAGAAACAUUUAGGCAAAGUAAAUGUAGCUGCACUGUCACCAAUCUUUAUUUCAUCAAUACUAACCACUCUGCUCAAACUGGAACGCCCAUUUUGUCCUCCACAAAUAAAAAUUGACCAUUUUAGCUGAGAGUUGGUAAAAUAGAACUGACAGCCAUGUUUGUGUGCCUUAUUUAAUUGUAAGCCAAUAUAAUACUUGUAUCAUGAUAAAAAAAACAAAUAAAGGAACAGCAAGUGUUUAACCCCUU